UUUUCGAACGAGUCAACAAUCUUUUUCUGCUGGAAUCAUUCGAGGCUCGGUCGAAAUUAAACGGGGUGUAUGUUUAAACUUUUGGCUACUGAGUUUGUUUCUGUAGUUUUUUCACAUAAAUAUUGGCGUCGGUGUGGUAACAUAUGUCUCUAUGUUCAAUACAAUCAAUUGCACUGUAUUUAUGAGACUGCUGAAUAUCAUAAUCCAGUCGUUUUCGUGCAAAUAAGGUUUUAUGGCUCUAAUUACUUUUUGUUAGUUUUUUUAGUGGAUUGUCUGCUCGGUUAACUUUGUUUAUCUGUCAAGGAUAUAUUCAGUUCAGUUUUAAACUUCGAAUAUCAAAAGUUGAAGAUAAACAUAGAGCUUGGUUUAUAUUUUCAAUAGGUGUGAAAAUUAACAAACAAUGAAAAUGCAUGGAAUUAAAAGCAUUUUUGUCGGUUUUAUGACCUUCAGCAUGAUUGGUUUCUCAGGAAGCCUAGCGCCGGAGCAUGUUUGUACCGAUGUCAAGGCUAUCUCAAAGGUUUUCGAGAAGUCAGCAUGCGAGCAUAUUGGAUAUGUCAGAAUGUUAAGUUGGUUCGUUAGUAUAACGAACGGAACAUGCACAUUGGUAGACGAGUUGCUGCAUUGCGUUGCUAAAUCAAUGUAUGGUUUGAGAGAGCAUGAGAACAUAGAAUCGUGUGUUCUGCACAUGCGCGAUGCGCUUCGAGACACACAUGUUAGUUCAAUGUUUCCAGCAUAUCCGUUUAAAUGGAAGUUCUGUGAAGUUGUAUGGUGUGAAAACUUCCACAAAUUCACAGAUGCUCAAGUCGCAUGUUUUGUUAGGUGCCUUUUGGGUCCAGCAGCUAUAUGUAUUGGGGGAGUUCUUGCUUUUCUAUGCCUUGUUACCGCCGUUGGAAGAAUUUCCAAUAAUUCGUUUAUAGCCUGGUGUAUUAAGGCCUUGUUGGUCAUGAUAGUUGCUGUUAUUUGGAUUGGCUACAAGCCAAAGUUGUUCACGUUGUUUUCAGUAGUCAAUAUACUUAAAUUUGUAAUAGACUGUGACUGCUGUGAAGUAUAGUUGAUUUUUGAAAAGAGAUCAUGCCUAUAGGAGUUGUAGCAAGACUUUAAGCUGACAUACGUAUACCUUCGAUUACUUGUAAAUCAAACAAAAUUGUUCUCAUUUCAGGAAUGAUUCGCUUGAUUGAUGGCACUAUCGGGGUAUAAACGCAGUUUGGGUGCUUAUAGUAUGUGGUGUCCGAAUGACUCCACGCGUACUUUAACCAGCCCAACUGCGUUCAUAUACACGAUAAUACCAUUUAUAACGCAACUCAAUACAUAUGUUUACACCAAAAGCUAAUUAUUUAUUUUCAGAACUGUUAAAAUAAUUUUUAAUAUCAUUUUAGAAAACCUUACUGUAAUUCGUUCUCAUAAAUUAUCUAUAUAGACCCCGAGGCUUCAUUUCGAUGACCAGACAUGUACAUGAUAUGCCUAGUACGCUAUUUAAAUCCAUAUAUGGUGAUUCACGAUCGAGGUUGUCCGGUUAGCGCAGUGGUUAGCAUACUCGAUUCUCACCAAGGCGACGGUCGGGUUCGAUAACUGGCCUGGGGCCCAUGUGAAUUUGGUUAGUGGUUAAAAAGCCGGACAAGUGGGUUUAUCGGGUACUCCAGUUUCCCCCACAAUACAAUUUCAUGCUCUCGCACAACAUCGUGCCUACGAGAGUGACUUUGCAUAAGUUAGCAUAAUUUUUUUUGCAAAUUGUUGUAAAAUGUAUAAUGUUUAUACUAACAAAUCCGAGAAGGUUCCGUUCAUCGAAUAUAUUGUUUGAUGCAGUUGAUUUAAGGAAUGGAAAUUGAGGUGAAAAUAUUAAGCGAUAAUCUAAUGGGCCAAAAAUUACCUUUAACAAUACCGCUGUCAUGUUAAAAGUAAAUUGGUGUAAAAGGAUGAACUGUUUUUAUUAUGGUUUGGGCUUUCUACAAAAUUUGUAAGUGAUUUCAAGAUAACACCUGCACAUCUAUGCCUAAACGGAGCAUUGCAUUCUUAUUUAUAAAUGAGAAUUAUAGAGAAAGCAAAAUGUUAUUAACUCAAAUUUAACCAUAUAAGGUGGCACCAGGUUAAAGCAAUAGCACGGAACGAGUAAGAGACCACAAACAGACCACAUUCUAGAUGUGCCACUAUUGUUCUCUUUUGUAUUUCUACUUUCUGAUUUUAUUUUUGUGGCUGGUUAGCUUUAACACUAUGUUAAUAAACGAUUGGACAAACCCUAUUGAUUUUCGUUCGUAGAAAUCUUUGCAUGCAGAGACGAUAUCCCGACAACUGUGUAUGACGUUUUGUUUGUGACUGUGUAAGGCGGAAGGACCUUCAUUUUGUGCCUGUUUUACCUUACAACUUGUGUUCUAAACUUAAUGUUGGUUAAUUGUUAGGCAUCUAGGAUGUAUUAUUGCCAUUGAACUUGCUCUCUUAAUAAUUUGGUGUUCAAAUGUAAAUGCUAGUUAACAAUAUUGAUGUUAGAUUGUAAAGCCAUAUUUGAACAAAAAUAUAAUAUAUGCAAUCUCUAUCCAAAUAAUAAAAUGUGCAUAUAAAUAUAUUGCAUAAUAAACACAU